AUGACGGGUUCAGCUGAUAGCUAUCGCUUAAUUAUGAAUAGGCAUACCACCAUUUCCGGUAGCACAGGCAAAUAUGACCCAACAGAUGCAUGCUCCCCAGACAAUUUUAUGGGUGGCGUUGUAGAAAGCGGAUACACCUCGGUUGAGUGCCUCCUCUGGGUAGGCUAUCGGCGUACGGAGUCCGUACAGGACAACGAUAGCCAGAACGACAAACAUCAACCACAGCAGCACAUUAAGGAGCUAGAUGAUAAAAUGUUUGACUUUCUCUACGUACAUUUAAUGUUAAGCUAUAUACCCAUUCGAUACUUUAGCAGUUUGACUCUGUACUAUGAACUAUCUAAUUUCACAACAGUUUUAAAAGACCUUAAUUUUUGUUAUUUCCCAGAUUUUUGUAUUUUGUUGAUUUUUCAGGCUGGAAUUCCGGGCGAAAACCUCACUCUGGCUUUUGAGUCUGAAGUAGCUGCCGUGUACUGUCGAAUGCUCCCAAAGAAGAGUCUAGUCGGUCUACGAGGACGAGAUCUUUUACAGUCGUUUAACAAAGGAAGGAAAUUCAUGGUUCUUGAUUUAGGAGGUGGCACGUGUGAUGUCUCAGUGAUGGAAGUCGUGAAUGAUGGAAACAUCGAGCACAUUCGUAAAGCAACGGGUGGGGCGUGGGGAGGCGGCAAAGUCAACGAGGAAUUUACUAUAUUUCUCAAUAAGAUUUUUGGCGAAGACGUUGUUAAUCAAUGUUGGGCAGAAAAUCCCUCGGAGUACUUGGAAAUGGUUCGCGCUUUUGAGAUAAAAAAGCGGAAAGUUUCAAAAGAAACAACAGAUGAAGUCCCAUUUAAGAUCCCAGCAGAGCUACGGAUGUUGCUGAAGUUAAAGACUGGGUUUGAAUUGGAGGAGGUGAUUCGCGAGACAAAAUAUAACGGCAAAGUUAUUGUUAAAGGUGACAAAAUUCUGAUAGACCCUAACGUUUUCAGAGAGUUCUUUAAGAAAACCAUCGACAGCAUUAUCAAACACAUGAAGGAGAUCUUCGAUGAAAACUCCGGACGCCAUAUUGCUACAUUAUUAAUGGUGGGGGGUUUCACCGAGUCACCUCUUGUUCGAGAUGCUGUUCGUGAAGCGUUUCCCAACAUGAUGAUCAUCACUCCGAAAGAACCAAGUAUGGCCGUGUUGAAAGGUGCUGUUCUCUAUGGACAAAAUCCCGAGUGUAUUUGCUCAAGGAUCUGUAAAUGUACCUAUGGAAUACGAAUUGCAAGACCGUUCAUAGAUGGCAUCCACAGAGAAGAAUACAAGGUAUUGGUGGACGGGAAAUAUUACUGCAAAAACUUGUUUCAAGUCUUUUUCACAGUUGAUGAGAAAACUAAAAUUGGUCAGACAUUCCGGUAUCCGAUUCAUAAUUCAUAUGAAAGUGAAAUUCGACAGGACUUAAGGAAAGAACCAAAAAUAACGGAAAUUUAUGUUAGUAAUGACGCACAUCCUCUCUACGUCACCGAUUCUAACUGCACAAAACACGGACAGAUCAUCAUGGAACCUCCCGGUGGAAUGUGGCCAGAAAAAUUUACUGGGUACGUGGAGAUGGAGAUCGCGGGAACUGAAAUCGUUGGGAGGUUUGUCAACAAAGAAAAUGGAGAUACAAACAUGAUUUACUUAGAUUUUCUUUCGUAAGCAAUACCACUUGCAGAUUCACUGAAGAAACGUCAGCGGAUUUAGCUACUGACAUAUAAAUUGAAGUUAACAUUGGAAGUGAUAAAUCGUUUUUUGUUUCUUAUUCGUGUCCAUUCAUCUGCUGCAUUUGCAUUGCACGUGGAAAAGCUCUUUGUCACUUAUUAAAAUCGGAAUUUCAAUAUAAAUCAAAUUCGUUUACAAUGUGUUCUGUAUUUAUGCUGAUGUGGUUAAUUUGAUGGUUAGUAAUAUGCUCGUUAAGAAAAACACUUUAAAAUCUAAAUGAAAGGCCAAUGGACCACAACGUCCAUUGGGUCACCUUGAUCAUACAGAGACAUUUUAGAACACUAAGAGUAUAUAUAAUUCUAUACUUCGCGCAUAUAUCUGUUCUGGAUCCAAAAUCAUUGAAUUCAGAAAAUUAAAUCUACACUACAAGAGGAUACUUUCACUACAUUUUACCCCUGUGGUUAUUGUAGUUGUUGAGCAGAUCCCAUCCAAUAUAAAAUUCAGUUUCAGUCUGCCGUUAACGUCUAUGUUCAGUGAUAUAUCCAAAUAUGAAACAGAUGGAAAGGACUGUGUUGUCGUAUUUUGAGGUCCCUGGGGUAUAUGGAGUCGAUAUAUUAAAAAUAAAAACACUGAUCAUCGAUGUAUCUAACAAGGUUACAGCAAGAGGUUUUUCUUGUCACGUAGAAGUUUUAGAAUAUAUUCAGAACAUCUAUGCUUUUUAGAUAAAAAAAAAAACCCAUUUCUUAGCGACUAUCAUGGUGUAAAGCAAAAUGUUUAUUUAGGUUUGUAAAUUUCUCUGUCUCUAUUUGUAUAAAAUUUCCAUUGGUACAUUUUACGAGGAAAUGUUAUCGGAAAAUCUUUUUUUCUUCUUCAUUUUUUGUACAGGUGUGCUGUAAACAUGUAGCAAACGUAUGAAAAAAUAUGUAUUAUGAUGAACUGAUAAAACGAAAUACAUGUACUUAGGGAAAAAAUCCACAUAAAAAUGCACAUAGAACUGGGAACAGCAAUUGCAUGCACAUUAAGUUACUAAGGAAACACAUCGAACGCGGAUUGAUAUUAAUCUCUCUAUUCCAUUUAUUGAAAAGGUUCACAGUACAUAAUGAUAAAAUCUGUUUGCAUUCGGACAGUAAGCACUUUACCAAAAAUCUUACAUCUUGCAAAUAACACAAAAUGUGAAUUAUUUAGUUAUGUUGAAAUCAUGGAAGCGCAAACCUAUAUUGGACAUUAUUGAAGAAUGCUAUAUUUCAUAUCCAUCAUAUCCAUGGCGAACUUGAAAUGACCUUUCAAGCAAACACCACGUUUUCUGCGAAUCACAACAAAAUAUAUAUUAAAGAUUUUGAAUGCAAAAGAAUAUUCAGUCCAAUAAUUAAGAGAAAGAUCAAUCCAAUAAACAAUAAAUAUUUAAACCUCCAACCCACGAUUAUUUUUUUUACGUAACAUCGAAAACUCAUUAAUGUUCUUUUAUCCUAUCAUUAGAUGAAAAUGGUUUAAAACCCAAAAUUUAUUUUACACAGUUUCAAGAAUUUGCAAUUGAUGACGC